AUGUCGUGGACAAAGAAGAAGACAACAGGGCCUGCACCACCUCAACUUUGUUUCACACCCAAGUUGUCAGAAUGGAAUGAGGGAAAGCGGGCUUCUAAUAACGGCCGGGGCACUGAUGAUGCUCUCACUGUGACCCGAAUCCUUGAAGCAGCCGAUAUCCCAUGCUGUAUAGUCGGUACCAGUGCUCUCAUAUUUUAUGGAGCUGCCAGAGUGCGUCACCACUGGGAAAUCUGCGUCCCAACGCAUCUCGUUGAUAAAGCGGUUGCAUUGUUACAGUCAGAACCUCAUUCUGCCACUUACCACCUCGCGGAACCCUGGGACACACCAAGCUCAUCUCUAUUGCAUACUUGGCACCGCUUCAAUCAUAAUGAAACCGAUUUCUGCUUUGUCAUUGUUCCCGACAGGGAUGUCCAUAUUGUAUGCGAACCCUCUAACUUCACCCGUAGCCUUCGAGGACUACCGUAUCCCAAACUGGACGUCUUUAUACAGAGCUGUCUAGACACAGGCGACGAACUAAAACUCUGUGAUGUGAUUGAUGGUACAGACCUGCCAGAGGAAUGGGGAGAAGAGAAUCUUGAACUGGACGGUACAAACGAUGUUGACUGGGCCAUUGAGGCAAACAAGAGAGGUUCAGAAUUCCAAGACGAGCAGUUUGCGGGUUGGUCGAUUUUUGCGUGCAAACCAAAAAGCAGACGAACUAUGUGGCAAUCAUACGUACGAACGAAGAAGGACAGAUUGGAUUGGACCAAGCCGAGCCAUGUGUUUACUACCCAAUAUCGUAUUAUCGAUACCCCGGACUCAUGGACUGUUCUUUCGGAUGAUUACUAG